AAACAUCAAAAAUCACAUAUGCUGAUACUAUGCUCUUCUUCCACUUCUGCUAACCUUUUUAUAUCUGUAAAGAUCAGUUCACGAAAAUCCAAGAGGAUAUUUGGUAUAUAGGAUAUAGCUCUCUUCUACUUUAUGUCCUAGCUAGGGCCUAACCUCACUCACCCACUUCGAUAGAUUUGCCCAACUCUUCCCUAACAGUAUCAAAUCAUAGCCCCUUUUCGAUUUCCCUGCCACCUUUCCAUUUAUAUUGUGUGGCUACCUGACCCCAUUUCUCCAUUCCUUGAGUUAUUUUCCCUCUCGUCUAGAUUACUUGCCCUUCCUCUGUCUCUGUCUCUCUCUCUCGAUUGAUUUGCGUAGAUAUAUAACGCAGUAAAAUGGAUGAUAUUGCUUGCUCUAAUGGGAUUAGCAGUGGGAAUGGAAUGAAUGGAAAAGGCCAUUCAUCACCAAAUGGCUAUCGGAAGAGCUGCUGGUACGAAGAAGAGAUUGAAGAGAACUUGAAAUUUUGUUUUGCUCUGAACAGCAUUUUGCAUACAGGAGCCACUCAGUAUCAAGACAUUGCUCUGUUGGACACAAAGCCAUUUGGAAAGGCUUUAGUCAUUGAUGGAAAGCUUCAAAGUGCAGAGGUGGACGAAUUCAUCUACCAUGAAUCCCUCGUUCAUCCAGCACUUCUUCAUCAUCCAAAUCCAAACACCAUCUUCAUUAUGGGAGGAGGUGAAGGUUCGACAGCAAGAGAAACACUCAGACAUCGCACUGUGAAGAAGGUUGUAAUGUGUGAUAUUGACGAGGAAGUGGUAGACUUCUGCAAGGCCUACUUGGCUGCGAAUAGAGAAGCUUUCUGUGAUCCAAGACUUGAGAUUGUCAUCAAUGAUGCCAGGAGUGAGCUAGAAAGCAGGAAAGAAUGCUAUGAUGUGAUAAUAGGGGACUUGGCAGACCCAAUAGAAGGAGGCCCAUGUUAUAAACUUUACACCAAAUCCUUUUAUGAGUUCAGUGUUAAACCCAAACUUAAUCAGGGUGGCGUAUUUGUCACACAGGCAGGUCCAGCAGGAAUUUUCAGCCAUACAGAAGUAUACUCUUGCAUUUACAAUACUUUAAGGCAGGUCUUCAAAUAUGUCGUUCCUUACUCAGCUCAUGUCCCUUCCUAUGCUGAUACUUGGGGAUGGAUCAUGGCUUCAGAUAGCCCAUUGGUGCUGAGUGCUGAUGAGUUUGACCUCAGAAUUAAACACAAAAUCAGAGGGGAGAACAGGUACCUUGAUGGCAAAACGUUCUCAUCAGCCUCCACCUUGAGCAAAGCCGUUCGCAAAUCACUGGAUAAUGAGACUCAUGUAUACACAGAGGGAGCAGCAAGAUUCAUAUAUGGGCAUGGCAGUGCUUGCAAGCAGAGUCAUGAAUAACCAAUUUCCUUUUUCUUUUCCAUGUUUUUGAUAUGUUUAUUUAUCUUUCUAAAUUAUGAACUCAGAAUUAUGUGUGAAAGCUAGUAAUGCCUCUUCAUGGAACUGAUGUGAAUUACUAAUGUUUUAUUCAUUAAUUAAUUUAUGAAAAUCAUGGGUCUAGCCCAAAUGAAUAA